AUGCUAUUUUCUCUUGUAUUUGCGACAAGACAAGCGAUCAAUGUAGAUCGUACAUGCAACCCAAAAGAAAACGCUACAUAUAAACUUGAAUCUGGCUUAUAUUCUGUCGAAAUCAUUGGCGCUCAAGGUGGUGAUUCAUGCAAGCACGGAGUAUUUGGAGCAUUCGGAGGAAAUGGCUCAAUUGUUCAAGCACAAUUACGAAUUAAAGGUGAAUAUUCUGUUGUAUUUAGUGUUGGUGAAAAGCCACCUACAGAUUGUACAAAAGAAUAUAAUCGUGGCGGCUUCCCAGAAGGAGGAUAUGGUGGUUCAGAUAAGGAAGGCUCUGGAAACGAACAAUCCGGCGGAGGUGGCGGAUUAACCGAAUUGAAGAUCAAAGAUACUAAUAUUGCCAUUCUGAUAGCAGGUGGUGGUGGAGGUGCUGCAUAUUCUCAUGUUGGUGGCUAUGGUGGUGACUUUGGCACAAACGGCGGUUAUAUUAUUGUUGAUGCUGAUUGUAAGACUUCUGGUCCAAAACACACGGAUUCCCGAGCUGGUGGCACUGGAGUCUGGUCUCAAUCAAUACCGGGAGGUGGUGGUGGAAGUGGCUAUCCAGGUGGUGUUGGAGGAACUUGGUCAAUAUAUAAUGAUUAUUGUUCCGCUGGUUAUGGUGGUUCUUCGUACUACAAUGAGACAUUAUCAAACCAAGGCUGGUUUGACGGCGUUCCAACAGUCAUUAAUGGAUCAAUUGCUCAAAGUUCCCAAUUUGGACACGGAUGCUAUCAAAUUCACAUAAUAUAUAAGUGUCCAAACUUCUGUUACCAUUGUUUGAGUAAAGAUGUUUGUGAACAAUGUAAUUCUGAUGCUUAUUCGUACAAAGGAAAGUGUUACUUAUCAUGUGAUCAUACAUACACAGCUCUCGGUGAAGGAACAUAUGUUUUAGAAGGAACUCAUCAGUGUGCAAAAUGUCAUAGUAGUUGUGAAACAUGUUCAGGUCAAUCGAGUGAUCAAUGCACAUCAUGUCCAGAUGGAAUGGUUCUUUAUCAAGGAUAUUGUAAACCUCCAUCAACACCUGUUUACACUCCAGUCAUCACACCUAUUACGACACCUGUGAUGACAUUCCAUGAGACACCAUUCGAAACAAUGUAUGAAACACCAUUCCUUACUAUGCACGAGACAGCAUUCGAAACUCCAUACUUAACAAAUCACGAAACACCUUUCAAUACAGUAUUUGAAACACCAUUCACAACAAACCACGAAACACCAUAUGAAACACCAUUUACAACAAUGUUCAAUACUCCUUAUUUAACAGAAUUCGAAACACCUUUCGUAACAAAUCACGAAACACCAUUUGAAACACAGUUUAUCACAGCAUUUGAGACACCAUAUCUAACAAAUUUUGAAACACCUUUCGUUACAGCAUUUGAAACACCUUUCUCUACAAAUGAAGUAACAGCAUUCGAAACACCAUUUAUGUCUAUGUUUGAAACACCAUUUUCAACAGCUUUCGAAACUAAUCACAAAACACCAUUCAUAUCUAUGUUUGAAACACCAUAUAAUACAGCAUUUCAAACAGCAUUCGAAACAGCAUUUGAAACACCAUUCAUUACAGCCAAAGAAACAGAAGAAAUCCAAGAUAUUCCUAUUCCUAUCCCAGAACCUGAAAAAAGUUCAAGUUAUGUUUCUAGUUCAUCUUCUAAGUCAUUGCCUUCAUUACAAUCUUCUUCUGUUUCAAGUUCAUCUACACAUUCUGUAUCUUCAUCAUCAUCAGGACAAGAAUCAGGUAAUAAGCCAGGCAAUUACAAGCUUGAUUCUGAUGCUUCUAAUAAAGAAAAGAAUAAGAAGUCAAUUAUGUAUGGUAUAAUCGGUGCAGUUCUUGCAUUAAUUAUUAUCAUUGCAAUCAUUGUUGUAGCAAUAUACUUCUACCAUAAGAAAGAUACCGAUGUUGAAUACAGUUCUACGGAUGAAGAAAUGGUUGUUGAAACAGUUAUUUCAACAACAACAACAGCAGGAGAUGCAACAGGAAUAACCAUUGAUAACCCAUUAUGGACAACUACUGUGAAUGAUGAUUCUGAGGAUGUGUUCAAACAAGAUUUCGAAGAACGAAGAGUUGAUAUUAAUAUAUAUGAAGUUUAA